AUGAUGGAACUUGAAUCCUCCGUCGCCGCGCGAGUUAUGACCGAUCGUGCUUGGGAACGACUGGAGCGUAUUAUCAAAAAUGCAGAAUAUGUGAUCGAUGAGUUCGACGGGGAGUGCCAACGAGCAGAUGCUGCCGUGCGUGAGAUGGAAGAUGCUAUCAAGAUGGCGGAGGAGAUGGUAAUUUCGCAAGCCGUCCUCGGCCCUCUGCGAAGGGCGUUGCGCAAGGCGGAGGAAACUCGCGACAGCGUUGUGCUCACGCGCAUCAACCGAAAAAAGAUGCUGGUGUCACUGUAUAGACAGAGGAUGGCAAUGUGCGACUUGUUGAACGUGGCGGAGGUUCGCGAGGAACUGGCGAUUGAGACGUACCUGGCGACCCGACCGACCAGCCGAGACACGAGACUGGAAGCGCCACGAAGCGCUGCAGCACAAGCAUCAGAACGGGCUAGGUGGUGGCAGCAGGAAGAGUUUGCCGAUCCCGAAGAGCUCGAAGAGGAUGAAGAGCAGCGAUACCAGUACUUUCUAGAUGACUGGAAAUAUCGUCGGGGGCAAAAAAUCCGCGACCCUAAACUCGACUUCCUCCGCGAUUGUAUAAAUUCACCAUCCGUCGGCCUUCCUCCAGGUUGUACACGUCGUGUCACAGUACAGGACGAAGAAGACAGUUGGGCUCAGACUCCCACUCAAGUGGCCUCUUCCACACCUGUUCACUCGAUCAAGAUAGAGGAUGAUGAAGAGCAGGAAAUUGUCAGGCGUCCAACGCCAUCAUCUUCACCGCCCAUGUCUUCAUCACCCGAGACGAUGUCGAGUCCCCGCAGACUGCUGUGGGGGCAUACCAAUGAAAGGGCGACACGACACAGCAUGAAGCGCAAGGACAGCUCUCAUCCGGCGUCUGAUGAUUCGAUAGAAGAGGCGCUGGGCCGCGCAUUCAGAAACAUCGAGAAGUCCGAAAGUGCUGGUGCUACUGCGGCAACGGGCCGGGCCCGACGAACUACGGGUGCUACUCGGCAGAAGCAGCGGGUCAGGCCGUACUAG